CGCGGAAGCAUUAAAAAAAGUACCUUUGUGCAUUGGAACGUUCCGGGAUAGAGCGAGCUGGUCGAUAAAUUCAGGAUGAGGAUGAUCAAACCCCCUGGGGGGACAUGGAGUGCUGUGACGCUUUUGAUAGUGUUGGGGGCCGCGUUUGCGGGAGGCCAGCUUCCAGCUAAUCCGUGUCUUCCGCGGUGCGUGACUUCAGAAGAGAGUAAUACGCUGUGGCCAACUGUGAAUGAAAAUGAGUUCUAUCAGUGUGAACUACGAAACGGUUUUUGGUAUAUCGAAGUGAGAAAAUGUCCCAUCGAAGAAAUAUUUUAUUAUGGACAUCAGACGUGCGUAGAUCGGUUUGUUCUUCGAGAAAACAUUGUUCAGUGUCGGGACCAAAGUAACGCUGCUUCUGCGGAGGAUUGUCCUGUGCCUAGCUGUGUAACCUUUCAAGAUAUUAACACGUUAUGGGCUGUUACGGAUCCGCAUUACUUCCUCCAAUGCAGACCGACUGCCACCGGUGGCUGGGUGCUUCAGCAGAUGCCAUGUGCUAACCCAACACGGUUCGACUAUUGGAGACAGACUUGUGUAGCUCCAGAAAACUGGAAAGCUUGCGACGGUCAAAUAGUAGGUCCUGGAGAACCGUCAACACCUGUUCCACCUCCAAUCACAACCUCAACUCCGGAAAUAACCACAACGACGGCUAUACCUACUACAACCACAGAGGCCACAACCACAACAACAGAGACACCAACUACAACGACGACUCCCGCGACAACGACAACAGAGACUGCAACCACAACAACAGCCCCAGUGACAACCACAACAGCGGCUCCAACUACAACCACAGAAACUCCUAUCACAACAACUACAACAAUGACUCCAACCACAACAACAGAACCACCAAUUACAACUACAACUGCUGUUACAACGACAACAGAGGCUGUAACCACAACAACAACACCUCUGACAACGACAACAGCGGCUCCAACCACAACCACAGAGACUCCAAUUACAACUACGACUGCUGUGACAACGACAACAGAGACUCCAACUACAACAACAUCUCCUGCGACUACCACCAUUGAUCCUGGCGAAGAAUACUGUAUUGUACCGCAAUGUAGGACUAAACAGGAAAUCGAUACGUACUGGCCCCACCCAGAUCCAGAAAAGUUCUACCAAUGCCGACCUAACAUUGCUGGAUGGACACCACAAGAAAUGCCCUGUGCUCCGAGCACUCUGUUUAGUUUCCGACACCAGGUUUGCGUAUGGCCGUUUCAAUGGGAGGAUCCGUGCAAAAUAGCUACGCCACAACCGACUACACCUGAUCCGACGACACCAGAGCCGACGACGCCAGAGCCGACGACACCGGAUGUAACGACACCGGACCAAACUACUCCUGACCCGACAACUCCCGAUCCUACUACACCAGAACAAACCACUCCUGAUCCAACAACGCCCGAUCCAACUACGCCGGAGAUAACAACACCAGGACCAACGACUCCCGAUCCAACUACACCAGAGAUAACAACACCAGGACCAACGACUCCCGAUCCAACAACUCCCGAUCCAACAACUCCCGAUCCAACUACACCAGAGAUAACAACACCAGGACCAACGACUCCCGAUCCAACAACUCCCGAUCCAACUACACCAGAGAUAACAACACCAGGGCCAACGACUCCUGAUCCAACCACUCCUGAUCUAACUACACCAGAGAUAACAACUCCAGGGCCAACGACUCCUGAUCCAACUACUCCAGAGCCGACAACACCGGACCUGACCACACCUGAUCCAACAACCCCUGAUCCAUCGACGCCGAUCAACGAAGUGGACUGCCUGGUCCCCAACUGUGUAUAUCUUCAGAACGACGUGAUACUCUGGCCCCACAGGGAACCACAAUCCUACUAUCGGUGUAUCUUCUUGCUGGAAACCAUCUGGAUACCCUUCCGCGAUAUCUGUCCGGCCGGUACCUACUUCGACUUCAAGACCCAAGGCUGCGUUGAUCCGGCUCUGUGGGAAGAUGUGUGUGGCAAUGUCCCGACGGACAUCACCACCACCCAAAUGACCUCGACGACCGUCGAAGAGGACGAUGGGGAGGACGGUGAACUGCCGCUGCCGGUGAUUUGCGGCUCGCCGCGUUGUAACACCGCUAACGAGCGUAGCAUACGUUGGCCCAGUACCGUUGCCAAUCAGUUCUAUGAGUGUGUCUGGGUGGAACGUCUGUUCCAGUUCGUGCCCUAUCCGAUACGUUGCCCGAAUUUCCUGCUGUUCGAUUUUGUGUCGCAGGACUGUGUGGAGCCGUCGCUAUGGACCGACAUCUGUCCCAUCUUCCCAACGCUGCCUCCCAGUUGUCCCGAAUGCUGUCCCACAUGUCCUCCGGUUACAGAGACUACACCCAACGCGCCGGAAACCACAACGGAUCUGGAAAUACCCGAUGAUAUGCCAGUGCCAAUCAUUUGUGGAGCGCCACGUUGCAACACGGCAAAGGAGCAGGUUUUUAAAUGGCCAGGGGAGAAUGCCAGAAAUUUUUAUGUUUGCGUACCCAUGGGUAAUGGUUGGAUACAGUCCACUAUGAUGGAAUGCGACGAAGGGACACUCUUCCAAACCAUGGUGCAGGAGUGCGUCCCAGCGGAUCAGCAUGAUCCGUCAUUUUGUCCUGUAUUUCCGCCGGUUCCAACCGUACCGACCGUCACCCCCCGAUUCGACGAUUGCCUGGAAAACUUCAAUGCUACGGAAACAUAUCCCGUUGUGUGUGACUUGCCCCGAUGUGUGAGUGCACUGGAUUUGGACAUUCGCUGGCCAGCCGCUAAUAAAGAGGCUUAUUACAUUUGUCAUCAAGUCGGAUCUUCCUUGUAUAUUCAUAGCUUGAUGCGGUGUGAUGAUGGCUUGCAAUUCGAUUUCUUCCGUCAAUGCUGCACUGAUGAGCGAUCCAGCAUAGAAGUUUGCCCCGUUUAUCCCGUUUUGCCGACUACAGCCCCAGAUCUCCCCAUUCUGGACUGCAUCGGAGAUUUCGAUCCAACCAACCUUCUUCCAGCGCGUUGUGACGUUCCGCGUUGCAUCAGCUCAAUCGAUGUAGGCGCAUACUGGCCUUCAUCCCAAGCGACAAAUUACUAUCAAUGCGUGUUGCAAGUCUUCGGCGUGUACCUUCCAGAGCGGAAGGAUUGCCCGCAGGGGACCGCGUUCGAUUUCUACCGGCAGUGCUGCACCACACAGCCAAUCGUACCAUCGAACCAAGUUUGUCCCAACUUUUCCCACAACGUGACGGCUCCCUCAGUCGAGGUAUACUGCGAUCAACCACACUGUGACACUCCCGAUCAUCGGAACUAUUUGUGGCCUUCAGAAAACUCGACCCAGUUCUACGGAUGCGCUACACAGUGGGACGGAACGAGCCGACCGCAGCAGUUCAGCUGCCCAGCCGGUCACCAGUUCCUUACAGCGCGUCAAGUUUGCGGUUUGGCGGAGGGCGAAGUGGAGUCCUGCACAACUGCAACGGUGCCUACCGGCCCAACCGGGACGCCAAUUUUGACACCACCGCCUGUGUGGUCUUAAGCUUCUCAGGGAACAGAGAUUAGGGUGGCCAAGUCUCAAAGUUGACGAAAUUUAUUUUUUAUAUUUAUUACCUUGUUAUCAGUGUAUGCUUAUUAAUGCGAAU